GAAGCACGCUGUAGACUUUUGUGGCGGAGUUGUGUACACGGCCGAUACUGACUGCACAGAGCAUUCGUCGGGCUUCUUGCCAUCAAGAUCCAAUCGGGUCACUCAUCUUUUUACAAGAGGAGACACCUAUCUCAUCGAGGAAAACAGCAAGGUGUUUCUCUAAAGUGAGAUAUCGAUGUUUCUAUAUGCUUCACUCAGCACGAACUGUAGAAAAUAUAAGUGCAAUAAAACUCCAUAAAGCUGAGACAAAAUUAUGCAACACAGGCACAAAAUGUCUUUCUAAUAGGAUCCAGACUGAAAUGAGCACAUGAACAGCAACAUGCAGCUAAAGAAAGCAUUGCGAGCGUCGGUGGUACGUUUUUGCUACUUGGUGCACGGGGCGACGGGCAUCUUUCUCACGGUUUACCUGGAGCAGAACAGUCUCUAUUGGUUCAUCUCCAUCUUGGUCUUGGUCUACAUGAUAGAGAUGUACGUCACUUUCAGCUUCAAAGAAGACGGCGAGUGGAAGUGGUUUUUCCCGCUUGUUCUGAUCUACCUUGCCACCGUGUUACCUGUGGUCUGGAUCCUGGAAAUCUCUCUGCUAGACUUCCGUAUAGAGCUGCAGAAAAGGCUGAACCUGACCACGUGUAUAGUCAUGCCGACUUUGGAGCUCGACAGCAAUAAAAAGCUCAUGAGUCUGUGUAACUUCACCGAUCUUGCUCUCCCCGACAAUGAAAAGGAAUAUUCUGCUGGCUGUUGUGUCGUAUUUUUGAGAGAGAACUUCUGUCGCUGUUUCUCCUGCAUACAGAUUACCUACAGUAUGAAGCUGUCCAUAUCGACCAUCUACCAGCAAACCCUGAUGCUCAUCCUUAUUUUAGGAAGAUGGCUGCUUCCAAAGGGCGGGCUGACGCGGGACGAGCUAUCUCAACUCCUGCUGGUCUACAUCGGCAUGGCCGCCGACAUGCUAGAGUUCUCAUCCGAGACGCUCAAGCUGGAGAAGAUCGCCUGCAACCGGUCCAUCUAUGUGCCAAUCCUGGCCGUGUGGAGUUGGUCCCUCCUCCAGUUCACGCUUGGCCUGACGUCUACCAAGAGGCGUCGGCGCACCCUCAUCAUGACCGGGGAGGAAACGGACCGCUGGACCAGGCACCUCCGCAACAUCUCUACCAUCUUCUGUGGCACAGCCCUCUGGGCCCUCAUGACGGACGUGAUCCUGCAAGACGGACCCUACCUGAUCAUGAGGCUCUACCUCCUUUUCGCUCUCAGCCUACAGGACCAGUCACUCGUCUUCUUCACUUGCAAGAACGCACUCCUUCUGAUACUCCAGUUUUACCGGCUGUACGUGGUGAUGACGGAAACGACACAAAGGGCUACGUCGCGACAUCAGCGGGUGGGGAUGGUGCUGAGGCAUACUCGGGGUCACAGAGACGGCCUAGGUUUGCGUCGGAGAAAAAAAGCGCGUUCAAAGCAGUGCAUAAGGGACAGUGGCACAGACCUGCAGGAAAGAAACUACAAAUGUGCUGUGGCUUCAAUUAGUCAAGACAUAACGAUUUUGAAUUAAAGUCCACGUGUUGAUGCGUUCUGUGCCAUGAAAGAGAAUCGUAUGCUCCUACUUCACAAAAUGAUAAUUUUAUAAUUAACUUCCGCGCGUGAAGAUAAAAAACGAAGUCGCCAAUUAAGGCUUUGUACAUGGCAGAAGGAGUGUAUCAGACCCAGAGCAUAAUGACCACGAGAAGGCAGACCGACAUCGAUGUCGUGGUCCCAGCUUUUAACAGGUGUCGUAUGGAAUUGAGACUCCCGCGAAAUCUGGUCUAUUUUUCCUUAUGUCGAUUCUAUCCUUCACGUUUGCCUGGACUGUUCUGGCAAAUGAGGCAUGCCAACUGGAUCAAUACCUCAUGGAAGGCUGAAGUUCAUACUGCACCAGUGCUGAAAUUGACCAUCUUGAUUUAUGGCAGACAAACUGUGAUCGUUUCAGGUGUGUGGGACACGGGACACUCAUUUAUGAAGUUAAGUUUUAACAGUUACCAGUUUUAUAAUGAUUAAAGUUGAGCGAUUAGGAUUGGGAAAAAAUUAGGUUACGGCAUCAAAAUGUGUGCUCGGAUGGCGUCGGUUGGAAUUUGUUUUUGAUCAUGCAUGUAUGUGUCGCGGCUGACCUUCAAUUGAACACCAGUAAUGAGACAUGAGCAAUAACAAAAUGACUUUUGGAAUUCUGACUUCCUGCUUAGAUGAUAGAAAUUUAACUGUCAUAAAUCAGUUGUUGCGUAUCAUUUUCUCUCACCUGUAAUCAAAAUAGAUUACAGUUUUCCUUGAAGGUAAACCUCGAGCUAAGUGCUGCCAUUGGAGGAAAGGGCAGUUACUGCCAAUGUUAGACUCUGGGAAAGAUUAUGCCAGCGUAGAAAUGCCUAGAAAAGACUAUGAUUUAGGUCGCUACAGUUGGUAAACAAUAAACAGUUACUUUUUGUCGUUUUGCUCAAGUUGUUGACUUUGUCGAUCGACAGACAUGCACUUUUAUUGCAUUGUUAUAACUGAAAAGAUUAUUUCGCUAUCAAAUCUUACAACCACUGAGGCUGUUGCAGUGAUAAUAUUCAUCA